UUAAUUGUAACCUUUUGAAACAUUCACACUCGGUAUUCCGGGAUCAUAAGUAGCGAAGCAGCAAGUUCAAGGCUAACUAUGGCGAAGAAUCAUCUCCAGAUAUCAUGGAAUUCGGUGAUAGAACACAAGCGGCGCUUUUUUUUUCCUCUAAAGUAUGUCGACGUCGAAGAAGGGGAAACUUCGCUAGCAUAUAAGGAUCCCGAACGGUGAACAUCAGGUGAAACGGUUAAUCAAACACGACGCAGGCGGGAAGCAGAUUGAUAUCUCUGACUUCUAUCCCCUCUGAUGAGCUCCUCGAGUGCCGGAGUUUUGUUAUCGUCGAGCAAACAGGGUAAUAUAAGAGGCAAAAAAGGCAAUGGUGGAGUACUCAGUCAGCCGAGUGUAACGCGACAGGCUUCUGAGAAGAAGAAUACGUUGAGACCAGCGUGUAGAUAUCGGAUAUAACCCGGAAGUGGAACUGUGGACCGGAAGCCGACGCUACGUUUUUUCAUCCGGCGAUUUUUGCUUCCGGUUGAAAAUCAAGAGAUCGGACGUUCGGCUUGAGGAUGAAGAUUUUGACCGGUUGGAAGGCGUGCUGCGCCCCGGUGUCGCAAAGAUGGAUAUUUGCGCUAAUGGGAUUUCUGGCAAUAACCAACGCUUACGCGAUGAGGAUAUGCCUGUCUUUAGCCAUAACGGAAAUGGUAGUGAGCGAGGAUUCCACCGACGAUACGGUCGACGAAACGCUUUGUCCUGCCGAUAACACGACGACGACGUCGUCAAGCAAUUCGGCCGGAACCUACGAUUGGGAUGAAUCACUGCAGGGUAUCAUCCUAUCGGCGUUCUUCUGGGGUUACAUAGUGACGCACAUACCAGGCGGUAUGCUGGCAGACAAAUUCGGUGGUAAAUACACCCUGGGUCUGGGUAUCCUGUCUACCGGAAUCUUCACCCUGAUAACACCUUUGGCCGUGGAAUGGGGUGGUUCGACGGCUCUGAUAGUCCUGCGCUUCCUUAUGGGUCUUGGCGAAGGUACGACCUUUCCGGCGUUGAACGCGAUGCUUGCGCACUGGAGUCCGCCGACUGAGAGGUCGCGGAUCGGUUCGCUGGUCUUCGCCGGUGCUCAGAUUGGAACGGUCUUCGCGAACGCGGUAUCGGGUAACUUGCUUCACUACUCGCCGAUCGGCUGGCCGUCCGUCUUCUACCUCUUCGGGGCGAUCGGUGUUCUCUGGUUCCUGGUCUUCGUCCUGGUCUGCUUCAACACACCGGACGAGCACCCGUACAUAUCGGACAAGGAGAAGAACUUCCUUACAGACUCGACCAACGAACACACUCACAAAAAGAUUCCACCACCCCCCUGGCGCCACAUCCUAAAGUCCGUACCUCUCUGGGCCCUUGUCGCAGCCCAGAUCGGACAUGACUGGGGCCUCUUCACGAUGGUCACUGACCUCCCGCUCUACAUGAGCAACGUUCUCCACUUCUCAAUCAAGUCCAACGGCUACCUCUCAGCUCUGCCCUACGUCGCCAUGUGGCUGGCAAGCUUGGCCUGCUCACCGGUCGCCGACUGGCUUAUAAACAGUGGUAGGAUGUCGAGGACCAACGUCAGGAAGCUCUUCACCACCACUGGUUCCAUGGGACCAGCGAUAUUCAUCAUCGCCGCCUCCUACGCCGGGUGUGAUCGCGUAUUGGUCGUCGCUCUGUUCACCAUAGGCAUGGGAUUCAUGGGUUCUUACUACCCGGGGAUGAAGGUCAACUCGCUCGACCUGACGCCCAACUAUUCGGGUACCGUAAUGGCGAUAGUUAACGGGAUCGGUGCCGUCUCCGGUAUCAUAACGCCUUAUCUUGUCGGCGUUCUGACGCCGAACGAGACGGUCGCUGAGUGGAGACUCGUUUUCUGGAUCGUCUUCGCCGUCUUCACCAUCACAAAUAUCGUAUACCUUUUGUACGCAAGCGGAGAGGUACAGUAUUGGAACGACCCUAACUUCCUGAUACGUGAGCAGGAGGAAAGAAAGAACAAUGCGGCCGGCGAGAAGAAGGAGAAAUCGAAGAAGGAGGUCACGUGAUUAGGUUUCUCGCCCACCUUCACAGUUUCUUCGCAGCUUCGAAAGCCAGUCAUGAUACCUCGUCGAGAACUGAUCGUUCCACCAUGUUCCACCGUAUCCUCAUUCGAUUUCAUCUGUGUAUAGACAUCUACAUUAUGUAUAGUUGUUCAGAAUUCGUGAAAAUUCAUCCUUACUUGUUUUUCUUUUUUGUACGAUAAAAAAAGAAAGAAACAGUGUCGCUUGUGGUCGUUGUAUGUACAAUGUUUAUAUAUUUAUGAAAAUAACUAUAACGAUGAGACCGGCGGCGUUUUUAUAUCCGCAAACAGAGUUAACUUCAGAUAGUCGCGAUAACUAAGCUGAUUUUUGAAUUCAGCACCCAACUACCUGUUUUAUUAUCUGUUGCUGGUUACUAGCUGUCAUCGUUAACUGAUUUCAUGUAUAUCGGUUAAUUUUCGUUGUUACGUUAUCGCCAAUAGAUUGGCCCCCGCGUGUCAGAACACAAUCUAUACCUACAUCGCAUUUUUUUUUUUUUUUUUUCUUCAUCCGCCGAUGAAGAUAAUGUUAUACAGUACACAUGACGCAUACUGUAUUGUUCACAUGAUUUAAGCUGUUCGAUAA